AUGCUCCUGAACUCGAUCGUGGGAUCUAUCCUUACAGUGAACUUCCCAAUUACCAAAUGGCUCCGUAGCUGGAUCGAGCCCUGGCACGCCCCAACCUCAACCUCGCCCUCCAACGAAAUCACCAAGACCGAGUAUGAAGCCAUCCUGCGAGACAUGCUGAAAACCAUGGGAACGGGCUUCUCCCCUCAGCGUCCAUGCGCCCACCUCGCCUCGCAAAUCUCCACCCACAUCAGCCCCGUAACACACAACCAGGAUCUCGCACGGAAGGUCUGCAAAGUCGGCGCAUUGGUGGCGCUCUACUUCUACCCGACGCAUGGCCCAGCCGUCCAGGCGCUAAUCGGGACAUACACGGCCUUCUACCUGAUCCUGGACGACGAGGGCGAGAGCAUGCUUGCGCAGAUCAGCCAGUUCCGGGCGCUCCUGAUGAAUCCGAGCCCUUCCAGCGCCCCGGCCGCAAUCCAAAUGACCAUGACAGCACCCUUCAAGCUCCUCGCCUGGAUCUUCACCGAGAUCGACCGCGUCUUCGCCCCGCCGGUAGCUAACAGACUGGUUGCGGGCGUGCUGAGCUCCCUGUCGAGCCUGGAGAUCGAGCUGGACCGGUCCACGGCAUUCAGCGGGGUCGCGUCGCCGCUGUUCGCGAAGUACUUCCGCAACAUGAACGGGAGCUCGGAGGCGUAUGUGUAUUUCCUGCUGGCCGAGAACCCUGAGGACCCUCAGGGGGAUGGGGUGACGGGGUCCAGGCUCAAGCGGUUUCUGCAGGGUGUGCCGGAGCUGUGGAAUGUUACGGAUGAGAUUAAUGACCUCAUGUCGUUCUAUAAGGAGUCUAUUGGCGGGGAUGAGCGGGAUACGUUCGUGUAUCACCAGGCGAGGGGGGCGGGGGUGUCGAUUGCAGAAGUGCUGAGGGGUCUGGCGAGGGAGAUUCCGAGACGGAGUGGGCUUAUCGAACGGAUUUUCGAGGAUGACGAGCAACUUCUGGAGAUGGCAAGGGGGUUCAGCCUUGGGCAGAUUGAGUUCUAUCUUGCGUCGGAGCGAUAUCGAUUGGCGGAGCUGCGGCUUGAGUGA